CCAAAAUUAAGGAAAAAAAAGACAUUGCUAAUCAUCAACAAUCACGGAUUCACGGCCAAUAAUUUUCACAUCGGGUCAGUUAGGAAAUCGAGUCAGCUAUAUUUUUACCGGCAUUCGAGAUGCCUGCGGACACUAUAUUAUGGCCCCACAUCCGGAGAAUGUAAUAUUUCACAACUGGCCGUUUACGAAAAUCGUUUGUUCAUCAGAUCUUCCUCAAAAUACUCUUCUUCGUCUCUAUCGAUUGCUUCUCUAAUAUUGACCGGAUCACGAAUUAGGGUUUUACAAAUCCGAUGGUUUUUUCGGCUGUUAUGAUUUAGGAAACACAAAUUAAGAUUGUGAUUGAGAGGUGUUUUGUAGAAGAAAGGCAGAGAUGAGCGAAGUAUUCGAAGGCUACGAGCGACAGUAUUGUGAGCUGUCUGCGAAUUUGUCCAGAAAAUGUAACGCAGCUGGUUCUAUUCUUGAUGGAGAGCAAAAAAGCAAAGAGAUCAAUGAACUACUAUCUGGAUUAGAUGAAGCUGAUGUUCUGAUAAGAAAAAUGGAUCUUGAAGCAAGAAGUUUGCAGCCAAGUGUGAAGGCAAUGCUUCUUGCAAAGCUUCGAGAAUACAAAUCUGAUUUAACAAAACUGAAAAGGGAAGUUAAGAAACUUGCUUCAGCUAAAUCCAGUCUAACUGCACAUGAAGAGUUGCUGGAGUCCGGAAUGGCUUCUUCAGAUCAAAGAGAUAGACUGAUGAUGUCAACCGAAAGGCUAAAUCAAUCUAGUGAGAGAAUUAAGGAUAGCAGGAGAGCUGUGUUUGAAACAGAGGAACUUGGUGUCUCAAUUCUUCAAGAUUUGCAUCAACAACGAGAAACUCUUCUAAAUUCCCAUGCAAAGCUGCAUGGAGUAGAUGAUGCGAUUGACAAGAGUAAGAAAGUGUUGACAGCAAUGUCAAGAAGGAUAUCGAAGAACAAGUGGAUACUUGGGUCUGUGAUUGGAGCUCUUGUGUUUGCCAUUAUUUUUAUUUUGUAUUUCAAGCUUACUCAUUAGUGACUCUCACAUCUAAAACAUGUUUGACCAUAUUAUAUUGGGUGUAUGUAUGUAUAUACAUGUUGUUAUGUUUUAGACCUUGUUUGCAGCUUUGUUAUAAAAUUGAUAUCAACUUUGAUUUUUCUUCUUUUUGCCGUUUUUACUGUAAUUAUUCAUUUUUUGUGAAAAAGUUUUGUACAAACAAUUCGAUCGAAUUCCAAUUUUGAUAGAUUUUAA